AACAUCACUCAAGUAUUUUGAUUUACUGCACAAAUUCCUGGCAGUAGUCUGUUCAUCUACUCUCAAAGUUACUUCUUUUCCUUUCCAAGCAUGCAUGUGCUAAAAAAAAUGAAUAAAAUAAUAACAAACAGUUCUACUAUAUUUGUAACAACUGAAGAAUUGUACUAUAUUUGUAAAAACUGCCACUUUUCGUGCUAAAAAUUGUACAUUAAUUUAUUGAAAUUAUCAAUCGGUAGGCACGGAACAAUUGUUGAUAUUUGACAAAAGAACCUGUAUGCUUCCUUCACACUAAUUUGAGAAUAUGAGGUAACUAAUUAAUUGCAAUACGGCAAAAGAACAUUUAUCGCAUAAUUAUUAGCUUUUAUAUUCCUUAAUUAGUCCGCCUUUUUCUUUUUGAAUGCUGCUCCGGGAAAGAGGUGUGCAUGCAUAAAAUGGAGUAAAUGUGACACUCCUUUUCAAUAUCUUCGGGGUCAAGUAGCUUUCUUACCUUUUCCUUGGCUCCUUUAAUAAUGAUAUAAUAGAUAUAUACUAUAUAACCUGUAAUGAAACCUGGAAAUAUGUAUAAAAAAAUAAAUUGUAAAAUCAGAUACUAUUUAUGAUAGAAUAACUAUAACCUUUUCUUAAAAUUUAUUUGGUUUUAUAAAGUACUUUUACCAAAUAUCAAAAAUAAGAAAAGCUAUCAAAAUGAUGCACGGAAGAGUCUCCAACACUUCACUGUUUCUCCGCAUCGCCAUUGGUUCUCUCCACCCUUUUCUCAAAAAAGCAGAAGCUGCCACGUAAACCAAACGGAAGCUUCGUGGGAAAGGGACCUGCUCUAUUUACACAUCGGAACCCCACUACCACUCCAAUUGCCCACCACCUCUCAGCCCCCUCCACCAUCAGAGAUCUUUCCAUCCUCUCUCUUUAGCCUCUACCUUUAAAAUUCUCAGCGGCUCCAUAUGGCUGAGGAAGCCUCCACCGCUUAUCCAGUGGAAUUGACUGAAAGCGCCGGGAAGGGGCGUUCAACCAUGUCCCCCGCUCCCUCGGCUGGCAGCCCUGCCCGCCUCCUCUGCUCCGCCAUCCUCGUCUUCAUCCUCCUCGCCGGCAUCACCGCCCUCAUCCUCUACCUCGUCUACCGCCCCUCUCGCCCCCACUUCUCUAUUCUCAGCACCGCCAUCUACCAGCUGGGCAACGGCACGGCCUCCGCCGCCAUUCCCGCCACCGCCAUCACCACCACCAUGCAGUUCACCAUCCUCAUCCGCAACCCGAACGAACGUGCCUCGAUUCGCUACGACCGCCUCUCGGCCUACGUCACCUACCACGACCAGGCCAUCACCGCGCCGGCCCCGCUGCCGCCGCUGUACCAGGAGAGGGACAGCGCCGUGGCGGUGUCGCCGGUGAUCGGUGGGGGGCCCGUGCCGGUGUCGGGGGACAUCGCGGCAGGGCUGAUGACUGAUGAAGCCUAUGGGGUGGUGGCCUUGCGGCUGGUGAUGCUCGGCCGGCUCAGAUACAAACCGGGGCCGUUCCACAGUCCAUGGUAUGGGAUGUACGUGAGGUGCGACAUGCUGGUUGGUGCCAGGAAGGGAGUCAGUGGGCAGGUCCCGCUCCUCGGCGCGCCGGGCUGCGACGUCGACGUCUGAUGGCUGGACGUGAAUAAGUUGUCAAGGCACGCUAACUGUGAAGGUAGGGAAGAGGAAGAUCUGGUGAUGGUAUCGAGGUGUUCUGUAACCUUGAAUAAGCUGUCAGGAUUCUAAAGAACAGGGAUAUAAGCAGCAGGAGCAACCUGUAAUUUUCUGGAAUAAAGGAAAUAUAGAUGGUGAUCAUCUCUUCCCGCAA